AUGUUUAAACAAAAUUGGUCUUGCCUUUCAUCGCAUGGGUCCAGGGCACGUACAGACGGUGAUUCAGGAAUCAAAACUGUUCGUGGAACCAAGAUAGGGCUAAAAAACUAUGAGGCUGCUAAUCAUCUCUCACCGGCCGCCUUUGCUAUCCAUGACCAUUCCAACUACGACAGGACAGUUGGGUUGGGAGAACUCAGUGUUGUUUUAAACGGGGUCGAGUUCAGGACCCGACACAACGACUACAAGCUUGUUAUGUCUUCUAGAACGUCCGGCAACUAUCACGCUAUUGAGGACAUACCUUUCCCGGACGUGCCGCCUGAGGUGUUAAGAAAGAGGAACGUUGAGGGGCAAAUUGAAGAGAUGCGAGAAUGGUUCAAAGCCUUCCAGAAUCAGGACAAAAGUAAAAGAGACUACACUAAAUACUUCAAGCCGGUCCUGUGCUAUCUAGAAGGAGCCUGGACACUUGACCAGGAGAUAGAAGAACCGUUCCCAAGUGACCGACACUGGCUGGACGCCACAUCUUGGGCCGACCUAUACGAGAAGAACCGUUUCACAGCUUUCACCGGCGUGAAAAACCGUCUGGAGAACAUCGCCUUUCUCCCUUCAACAAUCAUGUCUGUGGACCCUGUCACAGGAAAGGUACAGUACGCACAGUGGAAUUAUCGCAUCUUGUGUAGUCCAAUCAAAGAUGAUAUCCCUCUUGCGUAUUUUUACCAGGAAGAUGACCUCAGUUUUCGCGUGGACACGGGUCAGACCAUCCUGGAGACAGCCAGCACCCGAGCAGCUAGGUUUAAGUUGUUCGACCCGGCCAGGAAAAUGAACUAUCAGAUUUUGGACGAGAUUUUUGCAACAGUUCCUGGCAAAGACAACCACGGAUCAAACCUGACAUUCACUGUAUUUGGCGAGGAAAUGUUUAACACGGCUUAUACUGAGCAGAACGCACUGCUUAACUCAGCCUACUACCACAGGUCGUACAAGUCAUUCAAGAGUGGAGCAGGCGGAAUCACUUAUGCGGCCCUGGGGUUCAAUGAUGAGAACAUUUGGGUGGCCCAGACAAGACAACCACGAGUCGCGCCCCUGACAACAGAACAGUGCACACUUACACCAAACAAAGCUAACAGGUUUACUAAACGAUGUCAUGACGCCGAACUCCGUGUCUCCUACGCCAUCCCACUUGAGGUCAUCUACAUGACGCCACUACUCUUGAUAAUGUAUCUUGUGACGUGUUCCGCAGGCCCACUGGACAGAUCGGACCCAGCUGACACAAUAAAGAGCUUCAUACAUGUCCUGGCUUCUGACGGACAGGUCAAGAAAGUCUCCUCCUCUGGCACAAGAGUCAUUCUUCAGAACAUCGAAGGAAUCGGCAAAAUCAGACUCAGGUAUCCUAUAGCACCGGUACAUGGGGAGGGCAGCCCCGUGUGGAAGGAGCUCAAUGCGCUGAAAGACAAAGUACUCGAGAGUGCUGAAGGACCUCCACCAUCUGUCUUACUUGAG